AUGCUGUUCUACCGGGCCCUCGCAGUCGUUGUACUCUGCGCGUCCGUGCAUACUACCGCCGCAACGAAUGCUACGAAGCGUCCACUCAACGGGUGGUAUCCGUGCUCUGAGCUCACAUUCGCAGACCCAAGAACAGGAGAGCGCCUAGAAACUCAAGACGCCGAGUGCGCGAUCUACUCCGCCCGAUUGUGCUACCCUGGGAUCUGCGUGCCCCCGGCGACGGUGGAUCCGACAGUCGACUUUUUUGUGAAGCGCAUCCCUGCUACUGCUGGGAACGCUGCGACAGCUUCGAAGACUUGGUUCUUUUCCGGUGGACCCGGCUUAUCCUCCGGGAACACCCAGUCAUGGUUCGCGCUCAGCUGCAUCAAGUUCAGCGACCCGCUCAUGCUGGAGAGCCCCAUGGCUAUGAUUUGGAUAGACUUGGAGAAAAGGAUGAGAGAAAUCCACGAGGGUGCGGUCAAUGUCUACAGCUUGGACCACCGUGGCACUGGACGUAGUACCCCCUUCAACUGCUUCGGGAUCUCGCUUCGUCCUCUAUCACCAGUGCAGCAUCGGAUAUCGCGUCUUCAUCUCCGAGUACUCCAAUGGAGCGAGCAUGGAGAGAGCUACGGCACUGCAUUGAUCGAGCGGCUCAUGCACCUUAACCCGGUCAGUGUGAAGGGCUACAUCCUCGAUGGCGUGGCGACAACCUCCGGGGCAUCUUUGGACAAGUUUGAGUAUUAUUCGAAGCGGGAUGCCGAUUUGGGAGAAGUGGGCGAGUACUUCAUGGGGCUGUGUGCUCUCGACGGCGCGUGUAAAGCUCAUUUCCCGUCGGGUAAUCUGUCGUCGGCACUCCGUGAUCUGCUGACGACAUUGGACACCAACCUCAACUCAACGUGCUCGACGUUAAUUUCCGUCGGGGAGGAUAGCAACAUCCCGUCCGACACGCUCAAACCGAUUUUGGCCACGCUGCUGAGAGAGGCGGGUACAUGGACGCUCUUCCCGCCAGUCGUGUACAAGCUGAGUCGCUGCAAUGAGAACGACGUCAAUGUCCUGAACCAAUUCUUUACCUUCUACGCUUCAUACACUACGUACCCUUCUAACACCGAAAGCAUACCCUUGGCGCGUCUGCUUAACAGCCUCAUCAUGUUCUCCGAGAUGUGGGAGGCACCGACGCCUUCCAACGACGACCUGUACGCACGGUUCGCGAACGCAAGUAUCACUAGCGGAGAUAUGAAUGGCGAGGCUACGACGUAUUGCGCCUUCUCGAAGGAGAAAUCGGCGGUGUGCAAUGAGAUUAAUGGGGAGCUCAAUGUCGGCAACUACGACGGCGACGGGAUUAUUUACAAGCGCGAUCGAUAUUGGAGCAAGGCGGCGACGCUGUCAGUGUGCUGCUGA